UGGGUUCUAUGCUCGGUAUUUCUCCUCGUUUUGAGGAGACAAGAUGGCGGCUCGAGGUGGUUUCCAACAAGCGGCUUCUGGAGGCGGUGGAGGCGGCGCAAUGGGACCAGGACCUCCAGUACCGGGUGGAGGAGGACCGGGUAUGGCUCCUGGAACUCCUGCGGGAAGGAUGGUACCAGCAGGACCGCAGAAUCCAAUGUAUCGCUCCCCGAUGCCUGGGCCAGGAUACCCGAGACCCGGGAUGCCCCCAGCAAACCGGAUGACUCCUCAAGGCCCACCCAUGGGUCCUCCAGGCUACAGCGCUAGUCCAGUACCUCGCCCUGGAAUGCCAGUCAUGGACCCAUCACGCAAGAGGCCUGCGCCACCUCAGCUCCCACAGCAGGUCCAGCAACAACAGAACCGCAACCAACAUGCCAAGAAGAAGAAGAUGGCUGAUAAAAUUCUACCUCAGAGAAUCAGAGAGCUAGUUCCCGAGUCUCAGGCUUACAUGGAUCUGCUAGCCUUUGAGAGGAAGCUGGAUCAAACCAUCAUGCGCAAGAGACUCGAUAUCCAGGAGGCACUGAAGAGACCCAUCAAGCAAAAACGAAAGCUGCGUAUUUUUAUCUCCAACACUUUCAACCCUGCCAAGCCGGACGCCGAGGACGGCGAGGGAACUGUAGCAUCAUGGGAGCUGCGAGUGGAAGGACGGCUGCUCGAGGACACUGCUGUAUCUAAAUACGAGGCCACCAAGCAGAAAAGGAAGUUUUCCUCUUUCUUCAAGUCUUUAGUGAUCGAAUUGGACAAAGACCUCUACGGGCCUGACAAUCAUUUGGUAGAGUGGCACAGAACACCCACUACUCAGGAGACUGACGGCUUUCAGGUGAAAAGGCCCGGAGACGUGGGAGUGCGCUGUACUGUCCUCCUCAUGCUUGACUACCAGCCUCCUCAGUUCAAGCUGGACCCCAGACUGGCACGCAUGCUGGGCAUCCAUACCCAGACCAGACCCGUCAUCAUCCAGGCUCUGUGGCAGUACGUGAAGACGCACAAACUGCAGGACCCACAUGAGCGUGAGUUCAUCAACUGUGACAAAUACCUCCAGCAGAUCUUUGAGACUCAGAGGAUGAAGUUUUCUGAGAUUCCUCAGCGGCUGCACGCCCUGCUGAUGCCUCCCGAACCGAUCAUCAUCAACCAUGUCAUAAGCGUGGACCCGAAUGACCAGAAGAAGACGGCUUGCUACGAUAUCGACGUCGAAGUAGACGAUACACUCAAGACCCAGAUGAACUCUUUUCUGCUGUCCACUGCCAGUCAGCAGGAGAUUGCAGGCUUGGAUAACAAGAUUCACGAGACCAUUGAGACCAUCAAUCAGCUGAAGACUCAGAGGGAGUUUAUGCUGAGCUUUGCCCGUGACCCUCAGGGCUUUAUCAACGACUGGCUGCAGUCCCAGUGCAGGGACCUCAAGACCAUGACCGAUGUGGUUGGAAACCCCGAAGAAGAGAGAAGAGCUGAGUUCUAUUUCCAGCCAUGGGCUCAAGAGGCUGUGUGUCGCUACUUCUACUCCAAGGUCCAGCAGAGGAGACAGGAGCUGGAGCAAGCACUGGGCAUCAGGAACACAUAAGCAGAAAAAGACCCCUAAGGAAACAGAAGAGGAUGUCUGCCAUCUCGGGUUCCUUAUCAAUGACACUAAACUACAGUUUGUUUAACCACACUCCUGCUGUGGCUGGUAGGACACAACAUUUUGGUGUUCCUCCACCCAAACCAGAAAGCUCUCACCUUUUUUGGUUUCCUCAAAACCAAAAAUUUUCUCCUCCUUCUGGUUUGUGUCCUCUCAUUAUCCAGGAGGGGAAUAAAAGAUGCUUCUGCCUCCUUUUUUUUUCUUUCUCUUUCUUCUUCUUCCCCUAAAUUUUUCCAUAUAGACUUACUGCAGUGGCUGUGAGAGAGAAAAACUUUCAGCCAAAUUCUUCCUAGGCUACUAAUAGAAGUCAGUGAGUUUCACUGCUAUUUAGUUACUCUGAUAGGAUGCAUGUAAAACUCUAAAGGCCGAGCUGGUUCAGCUGCCGGGGGAAACGAUUUGCCGGUCGUUAUACUUUCCUAACAUGCAGUACACAUUUAUUAGUGGUUAGAUUAAGUGUGGUCUCGUGCAACAAGAAGACAUUAUUGUCCAAUAUGCUGCCUCAUGACAUUAUAACAUCCAGCUACAACGUUUUUAAACUACGCCGCGAGAUCACUGAAGAAAUAGAUGCUGUUUGAGGCAGAUAUAUACAGAGAGAUUUUUGGGAGAGCGCUUUAUUACUUGGAGAAAGAAAAUGGAAGCAAUUUUUAGACGCAAAGCUUGUCGUGGUUUUUUCGACCAUGUUUGUUUUGCUUGAUAAAGCUAUUUGAUUAACUAGCUCAAUAAUAAGUGUCUAUUAUCACCAACCCUGACAAUGGCUCACAAAGCAAAGCUGUUUGAUCCUGCUCGGUUUCUCAUGAGCGCAUUAUAUCACAGGUUUAAUAAACUUGCCGUUGUGACUUUUGUGAUUUCUGUGACGAGUUCAUAAGUAAGCCCCCAUCAUUAGACAUUUUAACCUCUACUGACUGACAGUACUCUAUUACUGUAUUAUAUUGAGUUGAGUUUAUUAUAUAUAAACAGAAAUUCCUUUCAUAAACGGCUGCUGCAUAGAUUGUAGUGGAUUGCAAGAUGUGGUUGAUGUAAUUGACAAAAUCAAUUGUGUUUUGGGGCCACUUUGUUUGGCUUUUAGUUGUUUUUGUUUUUGUUUUUUUCCUUAUGCGAAAGGUAGAUAUUUGUCUUUUUGAUAUUUUUUUCCCCCAUAAUACAGACUAUAUGAAUAUUGGUUAGGUUUAGAUUCUUAUUACCGAAGUAGUGUAGUACUUCAGCUCAACAAAGCUACGAAGUGGCGAGCAGAUGUGUAGAACUAGUCGACUGGCUUAAAAAUCGACACGACUGUCCAUGCUCAGGUAUUUUCUCCACCAUAAACAUCGUUCAGCAGUUCUUACCAUCUCACUGGCCAUAUAUGCAUACUCCAGCUCCGUGCACUCACGCUUUCAUGAAGGACGCACUAACAGCCAUGAUUGUAGCAGGCUUGAGUUAAGAGUUGACAAAUUAGCUGAAAGUGAAAGAAAUGGUCAUGCGAUUAAGAUAUUCAAACACUUAAUAUUUAACUGUGUGCAUCACUUCAUUCCUUCAUUACAAAGUGGGUUUUUUUCCCCUUUUAUGGACCAAAUUUGUUGAAUGUGUCAGCCUUAUAAUAAAGAUGAUCUUAUAUGAA